AACGCUGGUGCAAUAAAAAUCUUAAGAGGUCAUGGUAUUGUAAGGAAGCGUCCAUCCAGGUGUGUACGUUGAGGGGGAGGGGGCGGGGGGAGAGAGAGGGGUUAGGGAUACCUGGUGAUGGGUCUGGCUUGCAUAUAUGAGGUUGUUGAUAAUAUAAGGUGUAGGUGAGUCUUUAGUGCUCGGGUAUUAUGGCAAAAUUGAGGUUAGCAUAGGUGAGUAUCUGUGAGUGAUAAUGGUUGUAGCAUUUGAGCUGAUAUUGUCAUGAAGAAGGAAUAUCAGCAACAUAGAUAAUAAUAAUGACCCUAGUGUACGAAUCUGGUAGCAAUAUACCUAUAAGGUUUCUGACGGAUUUACGUGGUACAUGGUGUUGGUAUCUCCGUUGUAAAUGCAUUGUCAAGCUGGCUGGAAUUAACUAUUUGGCGCAAUAAGAAAGAACGCUUUAUGUGCUUUGAAGAUGGUGAAUAAAUAAGAAGACAAACAAAUGAGGGAAUAGAGUAACAUUUAUACCGUCAACGGAGAUUUUUAUUAGCAUUGAUUUUCUCCACUCUUGAUAAUCGUAUCAGAGAAUUAGCUUUUUUAAAUGCAAAU